AUGUCAGCUGCACAAAACCGACUUGGACAAGUUUCUAGCCAUUUGGCUGGCUCGCGGAGCUCUAUCGCACCCCAGGCCUCUAUUACACCAAUAGUAGGUGAUGGCGGCCGCGCAAAGCUUUUAGAAAAGCAUCCGGAUGAUGUCGUCGUAACAGCUUGUCUCCGUACCGCAUUUACAAAGGGUGGCAAAGGAGGAUUCAAAGAUACAGCAGCAGCAGAUUUACUAGUUGGCGCUUUCAAAUCUCUCAUUGAACGAUCGAAAAUUGACCCUGGGCUGGUUGAAGACAUAGCUGUUGGUUCUGUACUUCCUCCCGGAGGUGGCGCUACGGAGUUCCGUGCUGCAGCUUUGGCUGCAGGAUUUCCUGUAUCUGCGGCGGUCAAGAGCUUGAAUAGACAAUGUUCAUCUGGUUUACAAGCAUGCGUAGAUAUCGCGAAUGCCAUCAAGAGUGGAAUGAUUGAUGUUGGUGUUGGUGCAGGUGUCGAAAGCAUGAGUUUACAAUACGGACCUAGCGCCGUAACAGAAUUUUCGGAACUUCUCGAAUCUCACCCAGAGUCCGCAAACUGCAAAGUGCCUAUGGGCGUUCUUUCCGAGACGAUGGCUAAAAACAAGGGUGUUUCUCGCGCUGUACAGGACGCGUUCGCAGCUUCAUCAUACCAAAAGGCACUCAAGGCCCAACAAGAUGGUCUUUUUGAUGAGGAAAUUGCCCCUUUGACUGUUAAAUGGGAGGACCCUAAAACUGGCGAAACAAAGGAAAUAACUGUUGCCAAGGAUGAUGGUAUCCGACCAGGUAUCACAGCUGAGAGCUUAGGCAAGAUUAAGCCUGCUUUCGCAAAGGACGGUAGCAUCCAUGCUGGAAAUGCUUCUCAAAUCUCAGAUGGAGCUGCCGCAGUCCUUUUGAUGAAGCGUUCCACAGCGGAGAAACUUGGCCAAACCAUCCUUGGUAAAUACGUUGCGGCAUCCAUUGCAGGUGUACCUCCCCUCCUUAUGGGUAUUGGCCCUUGGGCUGCUAUUCCUAAGGUCUUUGAGAAGACCGGUAUCAACAAGGAUGAUGUAGACAUCUUCGAGAUCAAUGAAGCAUUUGCAAGUCAAUGUGUUUGGUGCGCAAAUGAGUUGGGACUUGAUCAAAAGAAAAUCAAUCCAAAGGGUGGUGCCAUUGCUUUUGGACAUCCCCUUGGAUGUACCGGAGCAAGACAGGUCAGCACAUUAUUGUAUGAAUUGAGAAGGACAAAGCAAAAGGUUGGUGUAACUAGUAUGUGUGUUGGAACUGGCAUGGGUAUGGCUGCUGUUUGGGUAGCUGAGUAG